AUGAGUAAUUCACCAAGUGAAAGUACUCAUUCAUCAUCUAGCCGAGAAAAUCCUUCAGGAUAUUCUAAUUCAACGAAAAUGAAUCGUAGAAAUAGUAGAGAAAGUCCAAUGGCUUUUUAUGAAAUUCCAUCAUGGGUAGAAAAUGUACCGUCAAAAAUAAUUAAUAAUGCUAAACAAUCAUUAAGAGAUAUGCCGACAACACGUCCUUAUACGCCACGUGAUGAUUCAAGAUAUACAUUAAGUAAACUCAAUCAUGACUCAAAUUCGUUUAGUGCAUCAUCGAUUGAUUAUGAAGCUGAAUCACGGCCAGGAUCCAGUAAAACGGCAGAUGUUAAACGACGAAAUUCUAAAGGUUUAAUCGCAGGAAUAUCUGAUAAUUCUGUUCUCAUCGCAGCACCACCGCCCCCAAGGCUUUCAAAAAUAAUUUAUCAAGCAUCCCAAGAUCAAGUGCGUUCAGGUGACAGUAACAUUUCGAAUGAAACAAAACCUCCAUUACCAUCAAAUCAUCAACGAUCAAAUGUUGGAUCGACAAGUACACAAUCGACGACAACUAAAUCAUCACAUCAUCGAACUAGUUCGGCAUCAACAAAAGAUGAUUCAUCAGAAGAAAAUCUUAUUUGGAAACAUGAAAUCGGUCCACUAGUUGAUACACUUAUAACAGCUUAUAAAAAAAAUCAUUUUGAACAAUUUGAUCUAACUUGUAAUGAUCUUUAUAAUAGUUUAUUAAAACAUAAUUUAUUUGCGAAAAAAAGUAAUAAGAAACGUGGAGAAUUAUUAAAAACAUUAUUUGGUUUUAUUUCAUCGGAAAAUUCAUUUGUGAGAUUUCAUGUUGCUCGUUUAAGUCUUGCCUUUCAAAUUAGUAGUGCAAAUAAUCUACGACAUAUUAUUUGUAUAACAGCUGAUUUAACUUCAAAUAAAAAUAAUGAUCAUUUCUUUUUAAAUACAAAUAUUCUGGAUCUUCUUUUUGAAACAAUACCACGUAUAGAUAUUGAACAAAAUCUUGAGUCAAUCGCUUAUUUUUGUACAACAUUAAAAAAUUUAACUGUUAAUAAUGAACUUAUUUGUUUAAUUUCUGAGAAGAGACCGUUUGAACUAUUGAAAAAUAUUUUAAAACGUCUCCUACAAUUGAAAGAUCAAGCACAACUUUUUGAACAAUUACUUAAAUGUUUAAUACCAUUGACAGGCACAUUGAGAAAUUUAGCUGAAAAUGAUCUUAAUCGAAGAGAAUUCUUAUCAGAUGAACUUAUCAAUCAUUUAACAUUUAUAUUAAAAUAUUUUACGGAUAAAACUCAUGAAGAUUUAAUGAAAAAUGUGGUGCGAUUAUUAAGUAAAUUGACUCAACAUACAGAUUGUUGUAUGAAACUUGUGCAAUGUUCAUCAUGUUAUCGUUCAUUUCUUAAAAUACUUGUUAAACAUGAAAGUAAUCAGGCAUUGGUGGUGCGUAUCUGUUUUAUUCUUGGUAAUAUGAUGGCUAAAAGUGAAGAUGCUCGUUUAACAUUUAUGAAAGAUACACAUGCUUUACAAACAUUAACGAAACUUCUUCAUUCAUACGUUCAGCUUGAUUCUCUUGUAUUAAAACCCGAAAAACUUGACAAUGAUGAUUCAAUAAGUCAAGAUGCUGAUGUUACUGACGAUUCGAAUAUAACUCAGUUUCGUUCAAUUGAAAAUGUCAUUAAUAAAGUUAUACGUGUAUUAAGCAAUUUAGCUAUUUCAGAAGAAAAUGGUUUAAUUAUUAUUCGACGUGAUGAUUGCAUCGAUCUUUUAUUUAAAUUGAUCAAAUCACCAAACAACCAUAGUGAAGAAUUAUUGGUACAUGUUUUAAUGGCACUAAAUAAUUUAUCAUAUUAUGAUGAUUCACAAAGUUAUAUUAAUCGAAAUUCUGAAACGCUUGCUCAGCUACUAGUUAAAUAUAUACGAAAUGAAGAAAGAAUGGAUUGCGUUGUUGAAGCAUUUCGUGUAUUAGGAAAUUUAUCAAGAACAAAUAAAAUUCGUGAUAUUUUAAUGAAAUGUAAAGUUGAUCGUUUGGCAAUUCAUCAUUGCCAAUCGGAUAAUGUUGAAUUAUUAUAUGCAGCCAUUGGCGUUUUAAUUAAUUUAACUGUCGAUGAAGACAAACGAGAAUGCUUAAAAAUUCAUCAUGGCAUUGACAACUUGAUAAAUAUUUUUGAAUAUUCAGUUCAAUCUGAUUGGCAAUUAUCAAGCCUUGUCUGUAAAGCGUUGUGGAAUUAUUGCGAUAAUAAUUAUGAAAAAGCUGACAAUCAACCACUUUGGUUUACUGAAGACCAACUGAAAGUACUACUUACACUUUUUGAUGAAACUCUCAAUGAAAGCGGUCUUGAGUCAACUGAUGAUGAAUCAUUGGAUGAAUUAAAUAAGCAAUUAUGGAAUGAAGAAUAUUUUCCAGUGGCAUCACGUUUAUAUCAACGUGUUAUUGAAGGAAAUGAAUAUUUCAAAACAGUUCAAAUAAAUGACCAUUCAUAA